UUUUUUGAAUGAAGUAAUUCAAAAUUCAAGCAAAGGGAAAACUAUUUUUGAAUUUUGAGUUUUUCCAUAAAGUUGAAAUUUAAUUCUAAGUAGACUACUUAAUCAAUAGUAGUUCAAUCAUUUUAUUGCGCUACGUUAACGUUGUACGUACUUUAUUAGUGAAAAUUAUCUGAGCUCAAUUUUGAAGUUUGAGAGCAUAGUGAAAAUUUCAUCUCAUUCAUUCCUUGCUCAUUGACUGGUUUCAUUAGUCAUUAUUUCUUUGCUCUUUCAUGAAGCAGUGGGAUACCGGCAACGUGAAGUGAACAGACGAAAUAUUGUAUGCGUUCAGAUGUUUAAAUUACGCUGUACCUACAUUAUACAUUGAUUAGAACGCGAUUUACUGAUUCAAAUUUCAAAUUCUCAACUUUUUCCUAUCUUCUCUACUUUGCAGAAUUAAUGGAACGAAAUUCAAAACGACGCCAGGUUAAACCCUCGGAAGCCCUUUUGGAUAUAGAUGAUCUUGGAGAGAGCUCAGAUGAUAGUGAUUUUCGUAUCGAAGAUCAUUGUCUUGAAAGCGAUUCAUCUGGUGAUAGUGGGUCAUCAGAUACUUCCGAUGAUGAUACUGAUUCGGACGACGAUGAAUCUGACACGAAAGAAGCUAAAAAACCAGCUGUCAAUAACGACUUGAAAAAUGUACCCGUUAAAACAGUUUUGGAAAAUGUUGAAGUAAACGAAGAUAUUAUCAAAAAUACAUUGGUAUGUUGCGUAUGCUUGGGAGAUCGAAGUGAUGAUUCGAAUGAAAUAAUUGAAUGCGAUGGUUGUGGAAUUACUGUGCACGAAGGCUGCUAUGGAGUUCAAGAUAACGCAAGUUUGUCAUCAACAGUAUCUUCCUGUUCAACCGAACCCUGGUUUUGUGAAGCUUGUCGAGCCGGUGUUACUAAUCCCACUUGCGAAUUAUGUCCAAAUUUUGGAGGAAUUUUCAAAGAGACGGAUGUUGGAAAAUGGGUUCAUUUAGUUUGCGCUUUGUACAUUCCUGGGAUAGCAUUUGGCGAUGUGGAUCGUCUGAGUAGUGUGACAUUAUUCGAAUUGCCAGCAAAUAGAUGGGGCAAUAAACCUUGUCAUCUGUGCCAAGAUCAUAGAUUCGUUAGAACUGGUGUUACAAUUGAAUGUGAUGCUGGAAUGUGUCGAGUUUAUUUUCACGUUACAUGUGGUCAACGAGAGGGAUUAUUAUCCGAAGCAACAUCCGAAGAAGCGGACCAAGCCGAUCCUUUUUAUGCGCAUUGUAGAUUACAUUCUGAUAAAAAUCAAAUAAAAAAACGAAAACGUAAUUGGUUAGCUCUUCAACUACGUACUCAAAAAAUGGCAACGCAAAAAGAACAAGAAUUAGUCGAUGAAACUACUUCUUGGAAACGGAAUCAAAGAAAGUUAUCUAAGUACCAAGUUAAAUACGUUCAAUUGAAAACUACUCGUGCGCCUCCUUGGGUUCCUUUGCAAAAAAGACCACGUCUUUUAACUACCAGUGCUUCAGCUUGUCGAGCUUUAUGGAAUAAAUCUGAAUUAAUGGGCAUUGAUAUAGCAUCUUAUGAAGAUACUGAAGCUCUCAUUACAACCAUACAAGAAAUUCCUAAGAAAUGGAAUAUUCCUCCUGCAUUUAGCGUUGAAUUCAUUGGAUACUUUUUAGACCGAGACGCUAGAGUUAAUCGUUUGAAAAAACAGCUUUCGUAUCACGCUGAAAAUAAAUCCAGACUGACGAAUGAACAGCAAGAGCUGCAGAAAAAAUAUGAUGCUAUGGUGGCUGAGAAUAAUAAAACAGUCGAAUUGAAUAAUUCGUUGAGAAGUACUUUUCAAAAAUUCAAUGACAUUAUUCUCAAAGUGAGACCAAAUGCAAAAUUAAAACACGUUGACGAAUUUGGAAAAAUUACUUCGAGUUCGACGUCAACUCCAAAAAUUCACCAUCCUCUUGCUUCUGCUAAAGGCAGUGUACCCACAGCAGCUGCAUUAAAAGCGGGUGUUGGAUUUCCAUUAAGGUUACCAUCAAAUUCGGCUCAAAGAGAAGAUAAAAUUUCUUUAGAUUUGAAUAACAAAUGCGGUAUCUGCUGUAAAUCGACCGAUCAACAUUUACUAGCCAAAUGUGAUACAUGUGCAAAAUAUUAUCACCUUGGAUGCUUAAAUCCGCCCUUGACCAGAAUGCCGAAGAAAACCAAACUCAUGGGAUGGCAAUGUUCGGAAUGUGAUAAAAACUCUAGUAGUUCAGAUAUCGAACAUGUCGAUACAGAGGCGCCUAGGAAAUUGAGACGUUCGAGUAAAGAACGAGGAGAUUUCAAAAAUGACACGAGUGAAAGCAGCGCCAGAAACUCUUUCGACGCUGGAGAACCGGUAGAAAUAAGGAAAAUAAAAAAACACAAACGCGAAAAACAUCGUCUACGUUACCCCGAUGGUAUUGAAAACAUACAAAUCCCCGUUGAAAAGCAUCACAGUCGUAAACGAAAACAUAGAAGUCCAGAUCAUAGCUCCGAAAACGAGCCUGAGCGACCGAGACAAGGAAUUAAAUUAUUUUACUCGUUACAGAUUAAAUCAGUUCCAAAUUCUAGCGGUCAAGCUAAUUUCGUUGCUACACAAAGUUCUAGUACUUCUACAUUUGUAUCGAAAACCGAAGAAUACGUGAAAACACCUCCAAACUUGAAGAAUAUAGCUGAUAUACCUAUAGCUGUGCCUACUCCCAAAUCGAAACCCAGCAAGUCCCCUUCACCAGAAAAUUGCGAUACAUGUCAAACUGUCGGUACCAAUGCUAACAUGGUCAGAUGCGAUGAAUGCUCUAAAAGUUUCCACUUUACUUGCUUGGAUCCACCGGUGAAAAAAUCGCCGAAAGUACGCGGAUACUCGUGGCAUUGCGCUAAUUGUGAUCCAACUGAAACUGAUUCGGAUUGAACAAUUGCGAAGACAACAGUGGUAUACUACUUCUUUCCGAAGUAUUAUUCAUGGUUUUUUUUUGUCUUUUAAGAAAUUAUUAAAGUGAGACUAGCAGACUACAAUUGUCUACAUGAUUACGUAUAAAAUUUGACUCAAGAUGUUAUUAUAUACUUUUUUCAAUGAUUAUUAUUGUGUACACUUAAGCAUUUGUAUAAAGUAUUGAAUAGACUUGAUUUUGCUUUA